AUGCCAAACUUCAAAACCCCUACUAAAAUGCAAUCCAGUUCAUUCUACAUUGUACACACAAAGCCAAAUACUGAAUUAGUUGGAUCAUUCUCUGAGUAUCCUUCUCAAGCGAAAACAAGAAACUCAGAAAACGAGGACAAUUCUUUGAACUUGCCAAUCAAAAGUAAAACUCAUGGUUUCCAAUUAUCAAAAGCCCUAAAGUAUAACCACUCAACAUUUGUCAUUCAAUCUCAAGAUGUUAAGAAGAAACUUUUCAAGAAUAACUUGUUAAGCUAUGGGAUACCUAAAACUGAAAAAACUAAAGAGAAGCUUGUCAACUUGCAUUUUCCAUUUUCCAUCAAUAUAAUAAAAUUACCAACUGUCACUGAUGAGCAGAUUUUCAAUUAUAUCUUGACCAAUAACAUAACUGAAAAGAAAUAUAUCCAAUACUCAUCCUUCAAGAAUGAUAAAUUCCCCUUAUUCAUCUUUGAUAACAGAUCAGAAUUACCUAAUGUUGAAGUUGUUGGUAACAUGAUUAAAGCUGAUGUAACUAGUAUUUCCAAAAUCAAUGGGAAGCCACACAAGAAUAAAGUGUAUCUCAGAGUACUCAACAAGAUGAAAUACAAGACAGUAUCAAACUCUAAGAAUGCCUGUGAUCAAACUUUCUUAAUUUCUUCAGAUCGUUCAUUGAUUUGUUCCAAAGUUGGAAUCACAAAUGCCAUCUCUUUAUUCAUCCGUGAUUUCCACAAGGGUGAAGUUUCAAGCAAGGAUUAUGAUUAUUCAACUAGUGUUGUCCCUUCAGUGGAAGAAAUCAAACCAAACCCACCAUCUUAUGAAGAUGCUCUUGAACAAUGUGAACCUCCAAGAUAUCGUGAAAACAACUAG